AUGGCCCUUCGACUGGCCCUGAGGCAGCCACCGCUUUCCUGCAACCUGGUGCUCUGCAUAGAGAGAAUGGCGUUCGCUAGCAGCUGCAGCUCUCCCACCGCCAAUCCCCCAGCUGCUGCUGCUCCAAGCAAUAACGACCCUCCGGCUGACGCCGCCACUAAUCCUCCAGCUCCUCCGCCCGUUGAGGCUCCGACCGCUCCAUGUCCAUGCCCAGCCGAUGGUAGUUGUACUGGUACACAUGCUCCAGAAGGUGAGAAGGCCGGCGGAGAUGUUCCUCCAGCUGAUCCAAGUCACAGAGGUCCACCAAUAACGCACGGUUAUUACACGCCGACGCACCAGCCGCAUGAUCCCUGA